GUGCCCAUAACCAAAAUGGCGGCAGCGGACACAAGCGGGCUUCGCGGGACUUCGGCGCGCAUGCUCGACGCUCCACCGGACCAACAUGUGGUCUGUUCCCGUGCGGAUGCUUUCGGGGCGGGGUUAUUUGGGGGGCCGAGGAUGAUGGCGGCUUUGGUGGUUGGGGGGUGCGCCUGGAACCGGGCUGGGGUCACGGCGGCGAAGCCCCUUCUUCGAAACUUCGUCAGAAAGAGCCAUAAAACGUUCGACCCGCUCACGUGGCGGAGAGCUAAACCUCCUUUUCUCCUGCGUCUUGACCCCCCAAAUGGCUGCCGGCUUCCCCUCUUCAGGCCGGCGAUCCGGUAUCAAAGCACAGCAGCGGUUGCAGGCACGCAGGUUGCUCAACCCCCGACGCCCCCACCGAUCGAGAACCUUCUCUCCACGGAAGAUCUCGGACAGGCCGUUCAGGAGCUGAGCUUUGCCGAAAUGGGCAUGAACUGCACCACUCCAGUCGGUCUCAUCCAGAACUUGCUGGAGGUUCUUCACGUCAAUGUGGGCCUGCCUUGGUGGGGGGCCAUCAUAACAGGGACGGUGGUGGCUCGCUGCCUGGUUUUCCCGCUCAUCGUGAAGGGCCAGCAGGAGGCAGCGAAACUCAACAAGCACAUGCCCCAAAUUAACCAGCUCACCGCCCGCAUGAAUGAGGCCAAGCGGUCAACCAACAAAUUUGAGUAUGCAAAAGCUUAUUCGGAUUUGAUGGUGUACCAGAAAACCCAUAACAUCAACCCCUUGAGAGGAUUUAUGGUGCCCCUUGUUCAGAUGCCCAUUUUCAUCUCGUUUUACUUCGCCCUGCGGAAAAUGGCCGAACUCCCCGUGCCCAGCUUGCAAACCGGGGGGUUUUGGUGGAUCACGGACCUCACCGCCGCCGACCCUUACUACAUCUUGCCCUUGACGGUCACGGCCACCAUGUGGGUCGUUCUGGAGCUGGGCGCCGAAUCCGGAGUGUCCAACCCAAACAUGCAGACCAUGAAGAUGUUUUUCCGAGUGAUUCCACUUGUGAUCCUCCCGGUCACCAUGUCCUUCCCGACGGCCAUCUUUCUCUACUGGGUGACCUCCAACCUGUUCUCGCUGGUGCAGCUGGCGGUGCUGCGUGUGCCCGCCAUUCGCACCCGCCUCCGUAUCGAAAGGCCGCCGCAGCAAAACACUGGUCCUCAGGAGCCGCAGGAAAGCUUCAUAUCGAGCAUUAAGAAAGGGUGGACGAACAUACAGUUGGCUCAUCAGCUGGACGAACGUAACCGGCGCAUUAAAGAGCAGCUGGAGAUGGCCGCCAGAGGGCCACUGCGCCAGACCUUUCGCCACAACCCUUUGGAACAGCAGCCGCGUCCCGCCCCAAAGCCACCGCAGAAGAAGAGACCGUGGGAGGACACCUUGGGAUGAACCAUGACUGAACUUGGCUGUUUCUUCAAAGACUAGGGUUUUUUCGGGGGGGGGGGGGGAGCACAAUCUUCCUGCAGCCACCACCACUC